AUGGUGUCAUUCAUUGGAAACUGGGUGCAAUCAAUUCUGUCUAAGAAAGUUCCAGAGCCUUUUGAUCCUGUGCUAGAUUAUAGAUGCUGGGAAAUUUUGAGAUUUUGCAUUGAGAAGAAGCCGUCAAUCUCAAUUUCUCUCAACCUACUACUUAAACCACUUGGUCGUGUUGCAAAGGAUGGUUUGAGCAGAGUUCAAAGCGGCGCUUCAUAUGAUGACCACGGAUCAUUUUUGAUCUUCGAACGAGGUUUUGAAUGCGUGUCCUUUCUUUUCUCCUCCAAUACAAGAGCUUUCUUCAACGCAGGCGUGGAUUUGUGGACCUCUUGUGUCACCGAGGCUAUUAAUCUUGUCCAGAAGGUUUCAACUAAUGAGAAAAAGGGUUGCACUGUUCUUCAGAAUCUUGGAAAUUGUCUGUUUGAGCAAUUUUCAAGCUUUCUCAGAUUCCAUGCAAAUCCUAAGAAUAUUUUCCGUCCUUUUGUUGACAAGAUUCUUGAUCCUCUGUUGGAAUUGUUGGUUUUAAUUAAUUCACAAGCAAAUUCUAACAAGCACAAGCUGGCAGGAUCCACGUUGAAGAUUGCUGAAGAAAUUUUGUCAAACGGACUGUUUCAUCCACAACAUCUUAGUGGAUAUUUUGGGCUCAAGAAUUUGAAAGCUAGUGUCAAGGAUGUCAAAGGAAGCUACCAUAGGCAUCUAUUUGAGCGAUUCAAAGGAAUAAAAGCAGAAAGCAAGGCUGUAUUGCUUGCUGGGUUCGGUUACUUGCUUCAAUUGUUUGUUACCAGGGCUAGAAAUCAAAGAACAUCUUUAGCACCGAGGGGAACAUCCUUCAAAAGCCCACAAAAAUCUAGUGAGGGCUCUGAAGAACCCCAGCAACAAGGAGAAUCCAUUUUUGAAGUGUUCAUGCAAUUUAUGGAACCUUUGAUGUUAGAAUGUAAAUCAUAUUCGCAAAAGGACUUCUCUGAUUUAGGAGUCACAAAGCUAGUAGAAGUUGAUUGCAUGCUGAAGUUCAUCAAUGAGAUGCUAGCAACAGUUACUGAAGAGAAAAUUUAUGUCCCUACAGAGGACACCUCAGAAGGAUCUUAUCUCCAGUUCUUGCAAGAAAUUUAUAGGGUCUUAAUCUUGAUGGCUGAAAAAAUGUAUGAUUUCUGGGUGUCAGCUCUGCAUUUAGAAGAUGCAAACGUUAAGAAGAUGCUGCCUUUAAUGUUUGUGGAGAUUGUUGUUGCAGUUGGUUAUUUUCUAGAAAUAGAAUACAAGGUCAUGGGGAGUGACCUUGUAAAAUUAUGGUCAGUGAUUUUUGCUUUGUCUGCUAUCAAUGUAUCUUCCAAGGACAUCAAACCCUGCUUCCUACUAACCUCAAAGAUUUCAUGCCUUUCGUCCCAAGUGAUUCGUACAUUUAGUGAGCUUCGUCAAUUCAGUUAUGUUGCGCACUCCAUUUGUACGCUGUGCAAUACUGUGAGAACAUUCAGAGCUGUUGCUGGUCCUGAUGUCGUACCAGGACCGUUUUCUGUGGUUUCUUUAUCCUCACAUGAAUGUUUCGAAUCACUGGCAACAUUGCUGAGCUCUCAAACAUUGAGGGAUGCUAUCUGUACUUCAAUUAACUCAAUGCCAGAAGGACAGUCUAGUCGAUGCAUAGAGGAGCUUACAGUAGAUCUUACAGAUACAUUGAAAUGGAUGAAAAGUUGCGACGAGGUUGUAGAUUUGGAAUCACAGGGAGAGCCCCGCUUGAUGUCCAGGAAGUCAGUUUUUCAUCAGAGAGCUGAACUUUUUGGAAGGUAUUUAUCUGAACUAUACACAAGCGUGCUUGACUCAAUAACUGUGUCUGCUUCAAAUACACUGGUUGCAAAAUCUGUUGAAAGGUUGGUCAACACAAUACGUCCCAACUUGAGUCAGUUGGUGAGAAAUGAAUCAAUUAAUUCAAGUGAGUUCAUUUCUUCAGUUGUAGGAAAGAACCUAUCUAACAAACAAUGUGCCAACUGGCAAAAGAUUCCUAGUUUGUCUUGGUUUUUUGCCUUCUUCUUUCGCAUAUACACAUCAUGUAGAAGUCUGUAUCUGCAAUCUGUUGGCCUCAUGCCUCCAGAUUUAGCAAUAGAAGCAACAGAAUUAGUGGGGAAUUCAUUCAUUGUAUGCUGCGGAAAGGAAUGGACCAAUACGUCCAAUAUUAUCGCUGAAGGCUACUUUGCUUGGAUUGUUGAAAGUGCAGGCUCCCUUUUGGAAGUCAUCGAAAUUUUAUCACAGUCCCUUCCAAGAAACCAGUCUGGUUUUACUACGCUUUUUUACACUCUUCAUGUGAUGGCUCUGCAAAGACUCGAAGACCUUAACAGGCAGAUUAAUGCAUUUGCCUUUUUGCUUGAAGAUAGCACACAGCAGUUUGAUACUGAGGAUAGGGGAAACAGUGAGUUAUUAAAGGAUUCUUGCUGUCUUGAGGCUGCUCAACUAACCAGUUUUAUGAUGAACUAUGUGAGAAUAUUAUCUUCAGGAGGAACCGGCAGUAUUUCUUCCUGGGAUAUGAGUAUAUGCUCUUUAGAUGAAGAUUCUUUUCAUAUAGCAACUUGGCGGCUUCUGUGUGAAAACAUUGAUAUUUGGAGUUCUCAUGCAUCCAAGGAGGACUUAAAGAACUUCUUUUUGAACCUGAUAAAGUUUUCUUUUGUUCAAAAGACGUCAUGCAAUGAGGAGAGUAGUGACUGUCAAGAUUCACGCAGAGAAAUAACCUUGCAUACUAUUUCGGUGGAGCUUCUUUGUGAUACUAUCAUUUACGACCAAAAGGUGUUAUUAAAGAAUUUGGCAUCAAGUUUUUGCAGUGCUCUCAAGAAAUCGAUAUCUUCUUUUAUCACCAGAGCUGAUGAAGAUAGUGCCUUAUUGAACAUAUCGCCUGAUUUGAUGGAGAUAUUAAAUAAACUGAAUAAUAAGAAGUUGGUAAUCUGGGUGAUCCGCAAUUUCGGGAAUAUACACCGAACAUGCUCAUUUCUUAUCUGCAAGUCUGCUCUGGUUAGCUUGCUGACAAAUUCUUCCUUUCCAUUCAGACUUCUCCUAUUGACAUUGCUAAGUCGUCGUUAUGAAUCAUGUAAUCCGAUUGAGCUAAUUCGUCUGUUUAUAUGUUGUCGAAGGGCAAUGCAAAAUCUUGUUUUGAAAUUUGGCAAAGAGUACCCAAAGUCAAAGCAAUACUCCACGUUUUCCGAACUUCUAGGUAACUCAUAUUCUCUGAUUUGGCUUUUGAGAUCUGUUCAGGAGAUUAUUGGAUUGUCACACGAAAUAUUUGGAGAGCACACUGAUCAGAAGAAAAAUACGUUGUUCUCCUUGGUAGAUAAGACAUCAGAAAUAUUUUCUACACUAGCGAACAUGAAUUCAAAAUUUUGCUUGCUGGGUCCCAAGAAACAAACUGGAUCUUCCCUGAAGCAUACUGCUAGGGAAAGUGACACUUCUGAACAUGAUGAUCAGGCAUUUGAUACUCUAGAAAAUUCAGCCCUGGAGCAUGUCAAAACUAUGGCUGAACAGUUAGAGAAGACUACAGUUGGCAUACCUGUAACCGCAAAGGAUCGCAACUGUGUUAUAAAAAUAGAGAACUCUUAUGACAAUGUGUGCUGGGAUAAACUAUUAUGCACUAUGUCUUGCAUAGGUGGAUUCUUGUGGGGUCUUGUUUCAGCAUUUGAAAGCAUAAUCAAAGACUAUCCAACUGCAAGCUCAGAGGAAAAAAAACUGAUGCUUCACUAUGCCUCCAAUUUCAGCAGAUCUAUUGCUAAAUUUGAGACCUUUGUAGAUAUCUGUCUGCAUGUCUUGUUUAUGGAGAACAAGGAUUUUGGGUCUAUUGAUUUGAUCUCCGGUCAUCUACCACAAGAGCUGGAUUGUGAGAAUGGUUUUCUGAAUAUUGAAGUAGUCAUGGAUGGAUGGACUAUGCAUCAGCUAAAGGAUAACAAAUUACAGUCAGAUGGUCCACCCGGUAUGAAAAGAUCUCUUUUGAAAAAUCUGUUAGAUGGUGAAGGUCCAUUUGUAGCAUUUACUUUGAGGGAGCUCUACAGUGUAUCUGCUGCUAUUGUCAAGUUGAAGGGCCUCAUAUCCUUUUCAGGUGAUUUCUCUACGAAGGCAUGCAAUCCUUUCCAACACCUGUCGCUGAAUCCAAUGGUUGGGACAGCUUGCAAUUCUCUACAGAAAAUUGCAGACAUGUCUGAUUGGCCAGAUAUGUUUUCUCCUGUAUGGAUUGAUGGAAUAUUAAGAUAUCUUGACGUUUUAGGAACAUUUCCUGAACUCAACUUGUCAAAAGAACUGCAUGCUCAGAUAGUAAAUGCACAUGUGAGUGCUACUGGAAAGUGCAUUUUACUUCAAGGAAAGAGUGCGACUCUACCUACCCAUGAGGUUGGAUCAAGCACAAAAACACUUCAUUUACAGAAUACAUCUGGCUAUGUAGUUACAAAGAAUAUUAUCGAUAGGCAGAAUAGGUUAAAUUCAUUGAUAUCAAGACUUAGACUGUCGAUGAGAAAUGUUGUUAGUCUUGCAUCAAACAUGCAUCUAAGUGCAACUUUACAAGUCAUUGAAAGAGCCUUGGUCGGAGUGAAUCAAUAUAGCCACUCAAUAUAUGAAGUGAAGACUGGAACAUCUGAUGGUGGGACAGUUUCUUCUGACGUUGCUGCUGGAAUUGACUGCCUUUAUCUUGUUCUUGGAUCUGUGCCAGGAAAUAAGCGUGUUUUUCAGAGAACUGUCCCAAGCCUAGUUGGUGCUUUAUUCAACAUUGUUUUACACCUUCAUAGUCCACUCAUUUUCUAUAUAGAGAAGCUACCUCCUCUUUGCCCUGAUUUGCACCCAGAUGCUGGAGCGAUUGUUCUAAUGUGUGUUGAGGUUAUCACAUCAUUUGUGGGGAGGCAUACUUUUCAAAUCGAUUCGUGUCAUGUGUCCCAGUGCCUGCAUCUUCCUGUGACGCUUUUCAAGGGCUUCAAACAUCUUCUUGCUGAUCGGAGUGUAUCCUGUUCAUCAGAAAACAUUCGUGAGCAAAUUGCAGGACAACCUCUAGCUAGUAAAGAAUAUAUACUUGACAGACAAUUUUCUGUUGACAUGUAUGCUGCAUGUUGCAAAUUGUUGUGCACUGUUCUUCGGCACCAACAAAGUGAGGUUGGACAAUGCGUGUCUGUCCUAGAAGACUCAGUAAACAUACUACUUAGUUGCUUGGAGUCUGCAGAUUCCAAGAUGGUUAGCAUGGCAGGAUGUUUCACUCGGAACAAGGAGGAGGCACUAAAAUGUGCUUCCUUUUUCAGAAGGAUCUAUGAAGAGACUGAUUCUCCUUUCGUGUGGAUAAUACAGAUGUGUCAUCAAAAAACAAUCAUGGAACAUCACUCGAUGCACUUUCUUGCUGGUUAUAUUUCCAUGUUUUCUGGACUGGGUCCAUUUCAGACAGGCAUAACACGGGAAAUUGACGAGGCCUUGCGACCUGGGUUGUAUUCCCUAAUUGAUAUCUGCCAGGAAAUCGAUUUUCAACAGCUUCACACAUGCCUGGGUGAGGGCCCAUGCCGAACCACUCUUGCUAACCUAGUGCACGACUAUAAAUUGCAUUUCCAGUAUCAGGGCAAAAUCUAGUCCCAAGUUGCUAAAGAAUUUUUGGAAUACUUGGUUAUUUGUCCUGCUUAGGCUGGAUAUGGAAUCUAUAG